UGCUGUACGAAUAUGUUUAGCUAACACAAUAACAAAUGUUAAAGCAUUAAAACAUAGGGCAGACAUCUAAAGAGAAAUUGUAUUGAAUUUUAUAGCUUAUCUUGUGCGCAGCAUCGCCCACCUGAGAUGGUGACUAUGAAAACUAGCCUGGUUGUGUUCAGCAACAUUGCAGUUGUUGCGUUUAUCCUUUCUACAACAUCGGCGAACCCGUGUCCGAGACCAACGUGCUCCCACAAUGAACAACUAAAUUGUAGAGGGCAGCACGACUUUUGCAACUGUAGAUGCAGUGAACCUGCACCGCAGCCUCUACCAUGCACCUUUGGAACAGGCAUUACUGAUGAAACCGAACCUGCUGAUACAGAAUUCCCGGGAAUGGUGUCCUGCCCAAAAAUUAGUUGCGCCUGCGGAGAAAAGGCCACCUGUUUAAAUAAAGGAAGCUCCUGUGCAUGUACAUGUGUGAAACAAGACGAAGAUUGCUCGUAUCCUUGGCGAAUUACUUGCGUGACCAGCUGCAGAUUUAGCCAUAGGUGCUUAUGCACCUGCGCUGGCCCACUCCCGUACGCCCAACCAGCUCCAGCUCAGCCCUGUUGUCCCAACGGGGCCCCAGUCGCCUCUUCAGCUCCAAGCCCACCGUGCUGCCAACCAAUUGCCGGGAGACGUUGAAGUAUUAACGAUUGCAUUAAACUGCUUGUCUUCACUGA